AUGCGGUCAAUUGCUUUCUACCUCCAAUUCGCGCUCGCCGCGGCGGCAAUCGUCAAGCGAUGCCCUCAGCAGCCCGAGGAGCCUGGCACGGGGAACGCGACAAAAGUGUAUGAGGCCGAAGAUGCUACACUGGUCGGCAGCACAAGGGUCGCGACGGAACUCGCUGGUUUCACUGGCACUGGCUACGUAACUGGCUUCGAGGGACCCAACGACAAGCUCACCUUCACUGUUACGAGCGCAAAGCAAGGCCUCUACGACCUUACCAUCCGCUACGCCGGUAUCUACGGCAACAAGUAUACCAACAUUGUCCUCAACAACGGCGGCACUGAGCAGGUCUACCUUCCCGAGACCACCGACUUCCAGAAUGCUGCUGGCGGACAGGUGCUUUUGAAUGCUGGCGACAACACUAUUGACAUCCUGACCCACUGGGGAUGCUACCUCCGCUCCAUCUACGGCAAGAAGAUCCUCUCAGGUCAACAGGAGCUCGAAUGGGCCGACUGGCUCCAGCAGCAGACUGGCGAGACCCCGGCUCUUCUCGCGGUUGACCUCAUGGACUACUCUCCUUCCCGUGUCGAGCGUCAGGGCCAGGUCGCUACCACUGUCGAGGACGCCAUCGAGUUCCACAACCGCGGCGGUAUUGUCUCGGUGCUUUGGCACUGGAACGCGCCCGUUGGUUUGUACGACACCCCGGAGCAACGCUGGUGGAGCGGUUUCUACACGGCUGCCACUGACUUCAACGUGGCUACUGCUUUGGCCGACACAACCAACGCCAACUACACGCUUCUGAUCCGUGACAUUGAUGCCAUCGCUGUUCAACUCAAGAGGGUCGAGGAUGCCGGUGUUCCCGUACUCUGGCGCCCACUUCACGAGGCCGAGGGCAAGUGGUUCUGGUGGGGUGCCCAGGGCCCCGAGCCCGUCAAGAAGCUGUGGAACAUUCUGUAUGAGCGCCUCGUCAACCACCACGGUAUCAACAACUUGAUCUGGGUGUGGAACUCUGUUGAGGCGGACUGGUACCCAGGUGACGCGACGAUCGACAUCCUCAGCGCAGACGUCUACUCCCAGGGCAACGGCCCCAUGUCCGGCUUGUACAAUCAACUCGUCGAGCUAGGCAACGAUAAGAAGCUGAUUGCGGCAUCGGAGGUUGGCGCCGCGCCGCUUCCCGAUCUUCUACAACUUUACGAGGCUCACUGGCUAUGGUUCGCCGUGUGGACCUCGCCCUUCAUCAACGAUCCUGCGUGGAACAGCCUCGAUGUUCUUCGUGAGGUUUACGGCAGCGAUUAUGUUCUGACGCUGAGCGAAAUCCAAGGAUGGCAGGCAGCACAUAGCUGA